CAUGCAGAAUAAUUAUGGUAAUCCUAGGCUGCAGUUUCACAGAUAAUCAAGUGUAGGGCGUUUUAUAUGUAAUCAGGCCUCGCCACGGAAUGCUUAAGGAACCGGAAUAAAAACUACGGAUUUCCAAAGUGCAGACGACUGUUAUUUUUCCAUCAUACAAAUUUUAGAAGAUUCAAAGUAUAUAUUAUGUUUUGACUUCAUAGUUUCGGAUAGUUUGUAAAUUGAAAUACCUGAAGGCUGUUUAUGUGACCCUAAACAAUGGACCGGCAAGCAGAUGAUAAAAGAGUUUUCUUUACGAAUGAAGAGUGGGAUAGGUUAGCUCGUCAUUUGAUAGGAAACAGUACACGGUACAGGGAAAAUAUUAUAAUACCAAGAAUGAUGGGGCCUGUUAAAAUCAAGACAAAAGAGGAAAAAAUGGUUGAAGCAGCAUUUGAAAGCUGUGCAUUUAAAACGGUUAUGAGUUGUGUUUUAGGUUAUGGCUUGGGAGCUGCCAUUGGUCUGUUUUCAGCUAGUGUCAAUCCAUCUGUCCCUGUUGGAGACACAAAACAACCUUCAGCAAGGGAAGUACUAAGAGACAUGAAGGGAACUAUGGUUAGCUAUGCCAAGAAUUUUGCACUAGUUGGUGCUGUGUUUUCAGCAGUGGAAUGUACUAUUGAGUCGUAUCGAGGGAAGUCAGACUGGCGUAAUGGGACCUAUGCUGGGGGUGUUACUGGAGGUAUCAUAGGAUUAAGAGCUGGAAUCAAGGCUGGUAUAUUUGGUGCUGCAGGGUUUGCAGCAUUCUCAACUCUUAUAGAUUAUUACAUGCAUUCAUAAUGUUAUGACCAUACUCAGUUGAGUUACAGAAAUAAUGUACCUAAUAUGUUUGUACAAUUUGCCAGAAAGUUGUAAUGGCAAAAUUAUGAAAUGACCAUUAAAACGUGAAGUGCAGAUGGACAGAUGUACCAGCAUUUCAGAUGUAUAAAGUGCAAUGAUAAAAAAAGAUAUGGAAGUAUGAAGGUAUGCACAUAUGGCAGACCCCUUUCCAUUUAUUAAAGAUUAUAAGUAUAUGUGAGAGACCUGAAUAUGAUUAAAAUAAGAAAUCUCGGCUCCUGCGACAAUGGAGGGAUAUAUAAAACACUAUCAUAGUUACAUAACUGUCCUGAGUUGUAUUUAUUGUGUAGUACUGAAGCCUCAUAUUCAGGCAUUCCAAUAAUUUUCAUAAUGAAGUUCAAUAUGUAUAUGAGAAUGUGUGAAUUACAUGACUUAAUAUAGGAA